CGCGGAGCGCAACCCCCCAGCGCCAAUCCAGGGAUCCAGGGCAAGCAUAGGGCCCGGGACGCUCCUCCGCCCAGCUCGGGCAUCUCUGCCGCAACUGCGGCCCGCGAGGCAGCCACGCAGCCGGGAUGCCCUCAGCGGGCGGCCGUUCCUCCGUUCUGCUCUGGAUGCCAACACUCCGGUAGCCCGGGUGGGGAAGCCCUUCAGCGGCUCCCCGGUCUAAACUCCCGCCAGUCCCGACCGCCCCCACCCCCUCCACCUGGCGGGGGCGGCACGGAAACGAAGAGGACGCGCGGUACGGGUGGGCACGCGUGGACGGUGUGCGGAUCUGCUCUUCGCUCGGCGUCUUUCCUCUCCUACAAGUGGCGGUGCUCGGACUCUGAUCUUAGCUCCGGGGAUCGGUGCUGCAGGCAGGAGCACCCUUUUCGCUGGCGCGGCGAUCAAGGCUGUUGGGGAGAGCCGUGGCGGUGGCAGCAGCGGCUGAGGCUGGUGCCUGGCGAGCUCCAGACGGGCACUCCGCUCCCGCCUGGACCCUUUCGCCCUCCUCUCUCCUCCUCCUCUCCCUCCUCCCCAUCCCCCGUUUCCCACUCCUCCUCUUCCUCCUCCUCCUCUUCCUCUCCCCACUCGGCGAUGCUAGUCUGUAUCGUGUAACAGGAUUGGCGUUGCAAUGGCAACUGAUGGAAUGGGGGAAGGCAAGACAGCAGGGCUGGGGGCUCCGGACUGCGGGCGGGCGAGCCGCUGCCGCCGCUUGACGCUCCUCUGGGGACCUUCGCGAGUUACUUUGUAAAGGCGAACCCGGGCGAGGGAGCCCCGCUUCGUGGCCGGGUCAGAGGCCACUUCCUGCUCCCCCGGCUGUCCAGCGCGGUUUGCAUCGCGCUGCGCCCCCGGGGCCCCUGCCUGCGCCUGCCGCUUGCCCGAGCUGGGAGCCCGGAGCCGCUUCCCCGAAGAACACUUGUCCUCGCAGCUCUGCUUCCCAUCACCGCCCCCUGCUCCUCCCCGGCGUCUGCGAUUUUCCCAGGCGCCCGGUGUGAGUGCGGCUUGCGUGUGAGUGCGUGUAUCGGGGUAUUGUGUAGUGGGAGUGUGUUCGCGCGUGUACUUGUGUGUGUGCGUGUGUGUGUGCGUGUGUGUGUGUGCUUGUGUGUGGUGUGUGUGUGUGUGUGUAUGUGUGUGUGUGCAUGAGUGUGGGGUGUGUGGGGCUCCAGCGAUCUGCUCGCGGCCGCCGCCAGGGAAGGACAGACGGACGGAGCUUCCUUCCAUCGGGAGCAGUUCCUGAGCACCUCAUCUCGGCCCGGGCACAAGUGGAGCGCGCCUGACUGGCCGCUGGCCUCCGGAAGGUUCCACUGCGUCCCCCUUGGGCUGGAUAUGUUUAUGUUCACGUGAAGAUGGAUUUAGUGUACGGUCUCGUGUGGCUGCUGACAGUCCUCCUGGAGGGGAUCUCUGGCCAAGGAGUGUACGCUCCCCCGACAGUUCGGAUCGUGCACUCAGGAUUGGCCUGUAAUAUUGAGGAGGAGCGCUACUCUGAAAGGGUCUACACUAUCCGGGAAGGAGAAACUUUAGAGUUGACCUGUCUGGUUACAGGACAUCCACGUCCACAGAUCAGGUGGACCAAAACAGCAGGAAGUGCCUCUGACAGAUUCCAGGACUCGAGUGUCUUCAAUGAGACUUUGAGGAUUACAAACAUUCAGAGACACCAAGGUGGCCGCUAUUACUGUAAAGCAGAGAACGGCUUGGGGUCCCCAGCAAUAAAGUCGAUCCGAGUGGAUGUGUACUACUUGGAUGAUCCAGUAGUAACUGUUCAUCAAAGCAUAGGUGAAGCUAAAGAACAAUUUUACUAUGAGAGAACAGUGUUUCUCAGAUGCGUGGCAAAUUCCAACCCGCCUGUGCGCUACAGCUGGAGACGUGGCCAAGAGGUGUUGCUUCAAGGAUCUGACAAAGGAGUGGAGAUUUAUGAGCCCUUCUUUACCCAGGGUGAAACAAAGAUCUUAAAGCUAAAGAAUCUUCGACCUCAGGACUAUGCUAACUACAGCUGCAUUGCUUCAGUGAGGAAUGUAUGUAAUAUUCCAGACAAGAUGGUAUCAUUUAGACUUUCCAAUAAAACAGCAUCCCCGUCAAUUAAGCUUUUGGUGGAUGAUCCUAUAGUUGUAAAUCCUGGAGAGGCCAUAACAUUAGUGUGUGUUACGACAGGAGGAGAGCCCACGCCCUCUCUCACCUGGGUCAGAUCCUUUGGGACUCUACCUGAAAAGAUUGUUUUGAAUGGAGGGACGCUUACCAUACCUGCCAUCACCUCAGAUGAUGCUGGUACUUAUAGCUGCAUUGCCAAUAAUAAUGUGGGAAAUCCUGCAAAAAAAUCCACCAACAUCAUUGUGAGAGCCUUAAAAAAAGGACGAUUUUGGAUCACUCCUGAUCCUUAUCACAAAGAUGACAACAUCCAGAUUGGGCGUGAGGUGAAAAUAUCUUGUCAAGUAGAAGCUGUUCCUUCUGAGGAGUUAACAUUUAGUUGGUUUAAAAAUGGUCGUCCAUUAAGAAGUUCUGAGCGGAUGGUUAUUACACAGACUGACCCUGAUGUAUCCCCCGGAACAACAAAUUUGGAUAUCAUUGAUUUAAAAUUCACGGACUUUGGGACUUACACAUGCGUGGCCUCUCUGAAGGGAGGAGGAAUAUCUGAUAUCAGUAUUGACGUUAAUAUUUCCAGCAGUACAGUUCCACCCAAUCUGACUGUUCCACAGGAAAAAUCACCUUUGGUCACCAGAGAAGGAGAUACAAUAGAACUUCAGUGUCAAGUAACUGGGAAACCUAAACCAAUCAUCCUUUGGUCUAGAGCCGAUAAAGAAGUCGCAAUGCCUGAUGGGACAAUGCAAAUGGAGAGUUACGAUGGGACACUGAGGAUUGUGAAUGUGUCGAGGGAAAUGUCAGGGAUGUACAAGUGUCAAACCAGCCAGUACAACGGAUUCAACGUGAAGCCAAGAGAAGCCUUGGUCCAGCUCAUCGUGCAGUAUCCCCCAGCUGUGGAACCAGCAUUCCUGGAAAUCCGUCAAGGACAGGACAGAAGUGUGACCAUGAGCUGCAGGGUCCUACGAGCUUAUCCAAUACGAGUGCUGACCUAUGAGUGGCGUUUGGGCAAUAAAUUAUUACGGACCGGUCAGUUUGACUCUCAGGAAUAUACGGAGUACCCCGUAAAAAGUCUUUCCAAUGAGAACUACGGAGUCUAUAACUGCAGCAUCAUAAAUGAAGCCGGGGCAGGGAGAUGCAGCUUUCUGGUGACAGGGAAGGCCUUUGCCCCAGAGUUCUAUUAUGACACCUACAACCCUGUGUGGCAGAACCGACACCGAGUAUAUUCCUACAGUCUACAGUGGACACAAAUGAAUCCUGAUGCCGUGGAUCGAAUAGUUGCAUACCGGUUGGGUAUUCGGCAGGCUGGACAGCAGCGAUGGUGGGAACAGGAGAUUAAAAUAAAUGGGAAUAUUCAAAAGGGAGAACUGAUUACAUAUAACUUGACUGAACUGAUUAAACCAGAGGCCUAUGAAGUCCGACUAACUCCUCUCACUAAAUUUGGUGAAGGAGAUUCAACAAUUCGUGUAAUCAAAUAUACUGCACCUGUAAAUCCUCACUUGAGAGAGUUUCACUGUGGAUUUGAAGAUGGUAAUAUUUGUUUGUUCACCCAAGAUGAUACUGAUAAUUUUGACUGGACAAAACAAAGUACCGCAACAAGAAAUACGAAAUACACUCCUAACACGGGGCCCAAUGCAGAUCGCAGCGGUUCCAAGGAAGGUUUUUAUAUGUACAUUGAAACAUCACGACCCAGACUAGAAGGUGAAAAGGCUCGACUUCUCAGCCCUGUAUUCAGCAUAGCUCCCAAAAAUCCAUAUGGACCCACAAACACUGCAUAUUGUUUCAGUUUCUUCUACCACAUGUAUGGGCAGCAUAUAGGUGUUUUAAAUGUCUAUCUACGUUUGAAAGGGCAGACAACAAUAGAGAAUCCUCUGUGGUCUUCAAGUGGAAAUAAAGGACAACGAUGGAAUGAGGCUCAUGUUAAUAUAUAUCCAAUUACUUCAUUUCAGCUAAUUUUUGAAGGCAUUCGAGGUCCUGGGAUAGAAGGUGACAUUGCCAUUGACGAUGUAUCAAUAGCUGAAGGAGAAUGCGCAAAACAGGACCUAACAACUAAGAAUUCCGUGGAUGGUGCUGUUGGGAUCUUAGUUCAUUUAUGGCUUUUCCCCGUGAUCAUCCUCAUCUCUAUCUUGAGUCCUCGAAGGUGACCUUAUCUUGGCAGAGGCUAGCAAUGAUUCACCAGGCACUGGCAUGAAGAAAGAGUCUUUGUAAAUGGACACAGAAAAAAAUAAAUAAAUAAACAAACUACCAAAGAUUCCUCCACUGACUACUGACUCAAAAAUUAAUAAUAAAAACAGCAUUUUUUAAGCACUGGGGAUAAAAAGACAUCAUGGAAAUAUAACUUAUUCCAAACUACAUAUAGAAGAUAAUCUUGGCCUGGGUACGGAAGAGACCUUCAGGUGCUUUUGUGGCUAAAACGAUUACAGCUUCAUCUGGUUGAACUCUGGAAAAAGAAAAUAAAAAAGAAAGAAAGAAAAAGAAGAAGAAAUAAAGAGCUAUAGAAAUCCUCGUCAAAGCACAAAGUCAUGGCUGGUUUUGUUUCAAAUGAAUAGUUUGCUUGUUACCAUGGAAACCUAAUGGCCUGCCAACAAAAACCUCACUGUAAACAGGGUACGUGGAGAGCUGGCAUUUAUUUUCCUUUCAAGAAGGUUUUAUGUCGAGAAUUAAAUAAAUGUAGGCCCUUUUACCUUUGGCUGUUACCCUUCAUUGAAAAUACUCCAAACUCAGAAUUAUUUAAAGGUUUCAUGUUUCUCCCCCCUCACCCCACCCCACUUUUACUGUUGUUAGUUUGUUUUUGUUGUUGUUACUGUUCGCUGUUCUUUUUUUCUUUUUCUCCCUCCCAUGGCUAAGCUAGAUAACUGUGUGAUGUCUCUUUUUGCAUGCACUACUAUCCAGGGCAGUAAACCUGGGCUUACAUAUUACACAGGCUUAUUGGAGUUUGCUUGCGGCCACUUGAACACCCAAACUACGUCAUCUGUUCCUAUGAAGAAACCAAACCACCAUCUUUUAUAAAUUGCCAUGGAAACCAAGUGCCUUCAAUGAAACAAGCCUGAAUAAUUCUCCACUCAGAAGCUUGCACUGCAAACAAUGGUUUGUGUAGAACUAGUUUGUACACAGACGACACAGCCGAAACGUGCAAACUCUAGGCGAGACGCCCCAGCCGCUUCUAAAGAAGAAAGGACCCGCUGCUGCAGAAGCCCAUGCAGACAAGAUUGUUUGUUUGACCUCCUAGACAGCCAUGGCCUUUCGGCUUAUUGUCCGUAGAAAGGAACUUCCACUGAGACCAGAAAUGGGAGCAACACUUUUUUCUUCCAGGUUAUUAAAUGGGUCAACCAGAGCAAAAGGUUCUUGUGAUAAUGCCUAGCGCAGAAGGUGGUAAAACACAGAAGUGAUUUUUUUUUUUUUUACUCUAACCUCCAUUUGAAAUGAAAUUGGUCCUGCCUUUAGAGGAAACGAGGACAUGGUUGAGAUUGCCGUGCGGACGAACUCUGCCGCGGAACUGAGCCUGAAAAAUCCGGCUUUAUUCUAAACUCUGAGGGUAAUAUGCCUCUGCCCUUUAGUCAGACUCCGUGCAAAUUGUGAAAUAUUAUUUUAUUAUUUUAACAAGAUUAAAAACACUUUUACAAAAAAACAAAAACCUGUAAAAAUGAUUUUGAGCUACCUGAGGACAAACCAUACCUUUAACCAGCCAGUUUUCCAAUGCAUUGUAAAUUCCACUUACACCUGUUGGUUAUGAAAAUUUGAAGAUCUUUUUCCUUAAAUUAUCUCAGCUUUUAACUUCAUUUAAAAAGACUUUUGUCUAAAGAAGAAUAUUAUUAUUAUCUGUUCUUUCCAUACCCCAGGAUUUAAAAAAUACUGAUUAUGCAAGAAAUUGGGAUCUAAGUAUUAAAUUGCAGUAUUUGCAAAUAUUAAUAUAAAAAGCACAACAAAAUGUAGUAGAAAUGACAAAGCUUGAUUUUUUUAAACAACUGUAGAAAUGUUUGUGCAAAUUCAAUAAUUCAAUUUAAAAUAUAAUUUUACAGCUCUGUUCAAUAAAGCCUCUUUCCAGGUAAGGUAUGAUAAGCAGUACGUGUGUUUGUUGGGCAAUAUUCACUUAUCACUAAAAUUAGAUUAGUUAUGUAAUUUACUGGUUAUGUUAUCUCGGGAUAAAUCUUCAGUGCUUCACACACAAUUAAACUCUGAGGAAGAAAUUUUAAUAGAAACACCCAAUGCACUUUCCUUUAUCUGUAAUACGUGUAGGAGCUGUUGUACCUCUAUGGGUAAAGAAUGAACUAAAGGCAAUUUGAAAUUUAAUGUUUAAUUUCACCAUCAGCCCAGAAGGGGACAUAUCAGAAAACCUAGGUAGUGAUAGAAGCAAGCUAACCCAAAUCCUUUAAAUUGAACAAAGGGAACAAAUUACUAUCAUAAUUUAUUUGAAUUAAGUAGUCCUAUUGAAUUUUUUUUUCAAAAAUUCAAAGGCAUUCUUCUAUUCUGUCAAACCAAAGACUUCAAGUAAAUGAUAUAUGGGCACUUAGCAUCUGAAAAAUGUGCAUUUGCCUUCAUUUCCACCAUGUUGGAACUAACCACAUCUCUUCGCUGUCCAAGAUUAGGAAAACACAAUUUUAUUUAUUUUAUUUUGCUAUGUUUUAUUUUUUCCAUUCUCUUUGCCAGAACACCGGGAGUAUCUUUUGAUUUAUUAAAAGAGGCUUAAUUUGUCAUCUUCUUUCAAUUAUCUUUAAGUUGGCUUGAGUGAUGAUUUUGCAAGUAAAUGUAAAGGAAAAAGACCCCAAAAUUCAGAUUAUUUGAAAAUACAUAUAUUCUUUCAAGAAAAAUAACAAGGCUUUUCUUUCCUCUAAGUUAUCCCGAGCCAACAAGCUGUUGUAAGUAAGAGCUUCAGUUAUAUCAUUACGCAUUUAUCAAAUACUAAAUGAAUUUUUCCCAAACUUUCGCAUUGUCAGAAAACACACUACUGAGUUCAUGAGAACUGGCUGGUACUUCAAAAUUCAUUUUGAUUAAACUUCUAAGAAGACUGUGAAGGACAGGGAGCAGUCAGAAGGGGAAGCAAACAGACUACUGAGAUGACAAUAAAAUCGGUUUCUCACAUGAGAUCUGCAUCCAUUAGACAAGCUAUCAGAGAGAACCGGUGUUUUGACUUCAGAUCAAAUGCUCAGUUGCUGUCAUUGAAGGCAAAUGGCCAAAAAUGUGGAAGCUUUAAAAUGAUUUGGGAAAACGAGCUGGAAAUUUUGUGAAAUCACCUUGUCUUUAAUAGAACUAAUGAUCACAAAACCCUUAAAGCAACUCUGUAUCGAUGGUGUUCCCAUUCCUAACACUGCUAUGUCUAUCGGAAACUGGCCUCAACAAUUUUCUUUUGCCAAUUUGAUAGUGUAUCAGCCUAUGAUAGAGAUAAGCCAGUGGAGUUGAUGGAUUUUUUGUUGUUAUGGUUUGUUUUUUGUUUGUUUGUUUUUGUUUUUGUUUUAAUAGGGAAGCAUCUAGCCAUCAGGUUUUUGUUUUCUGGCAGACACAACAUAACUGCGUAAUCUCCAAUUAUUGACAAUAAUUGAUCCCUAUUAAUCAGAAGCAGGACCACUUUUCUUCAGUUAAAUGAUGUUUCUUUACAAGUUAACAUUUCUACAACCGGGCCUAUUUUGAUUGCAGUUAGCAGGAUUUCCAUGUAGUGAAAUGAAGGUUCACACGGGAGCUGGGAGAACCUGAAUAUGAAUAUUCACAUUCACGAAAGUUGCCAGAAGUGCCAAACAAUGUCAAGUAUGAUCUUCUUUUCUUCAAACCUGAAAGGGAGAAAAAAAAUCACAAUUAUAGGAUGUCUAACUAGUCAUGGACUAUGCAGUUUAUAACCUAAUUUCCUUUGCUUUUUUAAAAGAUCAGAGUCUUCUCAGAUGUGUUACAAUCACCCCUGCCCUUACUUUUUCAUUUCCUACCGAUUUUCCUACCAUCUGUUCUUAUAGUUGCGUUACGGAUCACAUGUAUUCCUGGUCUACUGUGGUCCCUGUCCCCAUGUGGUUUCCUGUAUUCAGUAGACAAGAGGUUUGCUCCAUGACUACAUUUCCUUAAGAGAAUUGAUUAAUGGGCAGUUAUAAUGUCAGGCAGCGGACCUUGACAAGAAUGGCCUUCGUUUCAUGUCUCCCAUUGAUUUGACUCAGCAGAACAAUGAAUUGCGUCUGAGUUAGAACCUAGAUGUCGUUAUACCAUGUACUAUAUAAUGAAUAUAAUUCCAUUCUUGAUUUUCAUACUUGGAAAUAUGAAGAAAUAUAAAUUACAACUGUACUAAUUUUUCACCAAACAUGAAAUUUAUCUUAAGUACUUUAUAAUAAUAAACUUACCUGCCGAAAACAUGUGUCAUUUAAAGAAUAAUUAAUUCAUUUAGUUCUGUACUUAAGACUAUAAACCUCAAAGAAACAAUUGUUUUUUCAUAAUCAAUUUAUGUUUUUAUUGAUAAUCUUAAAGCUGGUGAUAGGCUGAUCUGGUUUUGGUAAAAUUUUCAAAUGUUUCUCUUAAGUACAUGUUCUUUAUCGCAAAACCUUUUUGUUAAAUGUGCCUUUCAAAUACGAGGGCCACUCGAUAGACAUUUAAAAUGGAAAAAAUUUACCUUCCCCCCAAAAAUUCUGGUUGAUGACUACUUCCACUGUUUCAGCUGUGUCUCAACAAAGCAGAAGGUACACUCUUCUUGCAACUGGGCAGUUGAUGUCAAUGAGGAGUUAUUGCAUUUUCUGUGAAAACAAUAACGUCAUAGGGUUCAAUCCCAAGCUAUUUCUUUUCCUACAGCGUCCCCUUUGUGACUAACCCAUUUAAUUCAUUUUCUCUAGUGUUGUUUUUAGAACGCAAUAUAUAUCAUUUUCUACUCUGUCUUGGGAGAAAAGCUACUACAAAAUUGAUUUUUUUCAAAGCUAAUAUAAAAAUGACUGAAUAUUCAUAGUAUGUAUACAUAUAAUUGUGUAUGUUAUUUCAUGAGUAAAGAAAGAAAUAGAAGCUUGACACUCUACUGUGAAGUACAUCAGUGAGGAACAGUCCUGAGCGGGUUAAUAUCUGCCUUGAAAUAGAAGUGAGAGAUAAAGACAGGUAAAGCUUCCACAUAUUUCUAUAUGGAUUGCUUUAUGAGCACAUGUUCAUUUAAAGCUUAAUAAGUUUAUGAGUAGUGGUUUCACUACCCUGAACCCAUGUGAGAAUCUCAAACUGGAAUCCAAAAUUUGGAGUUGGGCUGAGGUUAAACUCUGGGUAGAAACUGCAAUAGUUUUCUGAAGGAUAUAUUUACAACUGAUUGAAUUUAAUUUCAAUUGUACUAAUUUUCCAUAAGUUGAUCUGAAAUGUAUUCUUAUUUUUCAAUAAAGUGAUGGGAAAUUCUAUGAGUAGGGUAAGCUUGGUAGUUUUGCUUGUUUUUGUAUGGCUCUUCAUUGUUGCCCUGGGUUUCCAGGCUAUCAUUUUUAUUUCUUGAGUCUCACCAGUAUAUUUAAAUGUAUAAGUUUAAUCAAAUAUGCAUUGUAUUAAAUUUCUAUGAAAUACAAUUUACAUUGAAGACCAUAAAGUUUAGAUGGAACUUAAUUUACAUUUUGAUAUUUUCCUUCUUUCAAAUAGUUUCAGAUAGCUGUAUGUUAUUUUACUUUGUUUUUUUUUUCAAUAAAUGAAAUUAUGUUAAAUACUCUGUUAGUGUUUGGGGAAAUUUUCUGCUGUCAAUAAGCAAUUACGUUUAAAAAAACAACAAAAAAUGAUAUUUCAAAUGACAAUUAAAAUGAAAGUGUCAUCGUUUCUUUCACAAUUAAGAAGAUUGUAUAGACUCACCACCACUGUGAGCAUAAUUAGACCAUCAAGAUUUGGGUUGAUUUUGGAAUCCUUUGUGAGAGAUUGUUUACAUUAUUGGGAUAAGCCAUUAGACACUACAAUCUUCGUGAACAAAUGCGAUUUAAGAAUUAUGAUGUGGUGCGGUACCUAAGCUUCCGUAUAAGACAUGGAAUUACCGAAGCUUGAUGAUGCAGUGAUUUCAGCCUGGGUGCUGCAGUAAUUGCAGAUUGAUAAUGUUAACGUUAUUCAGGGAGGUUCUUGUUUUUGUUUUUUUUAAUCAGAUGUUCACCAGGACACUGUCAAAUAAAUGUAAGUCUUCCCAAGGAAACAAAUACACUGUCCCACAAUGAUCAAUUGGAAUCAAAGUUUUAGUGGAAUUCUGAAAACUAGCGCAAGAUUUUACUGUCUAUUCUGCUUAAUUUUUCUCUAUCUUUGCCACUAUGCCUCAAAGUAAACCCUUGAACAUUAAGGAAUAAAUAUAAUUAACAUUUAACUCAAUUAACUGUGUUUAAAAAUCAACCUCCCUCCCUAUGGUUCCUCCCCUAGUGUUCUGUUACUCUGCAUUCUCCAUGAGCUAUUUAAAUUUAGUAGCAUUUUAUAGAACUAAUCCAUUUUUUGUUUCCUAAAAUACUAAGAACUUAUUCCUUAGUUCUAUUCAUUUUUAUUUCCUUGAAGAAACUGUAACCUUGUUUAUGGCAGGCUGUCUAUCCAUGUCUUAUAUGAGGUAAGGUGUAAGUCUGGGCUCAAUCAAAGAUAUAACAUGACUUAUUACUGAUUAAGUUAUAUUUGAGAUGAAAAAACUUAAAAGGCUAGGAAAUAUUCAGAACUGUUAUCUUUUAAUUAUAAAAUCAUUAAAAUUUCAUAAACAGAAAAUAUGGCCUGUAUAUUGGGAAAAAAGAAAAAGAAAACCCAAUUGCUGCAAAAGUUUUGUUUUUAACACAAAUAUAGUGUUUCUUAACUUAUCAGGCAAUAAUAAUGUUUGUUUUUUUGUUUUUUGAUAGAGGGUCUCUUGUAACUCAGGUUGGACUCAAAAUUUCUGUGUAUCUGAGACUUUCUUUGAACUUUGGGUCUUCCAGCAUCCAAAUAUCUUAAUGGAGGUAUUUUGUGUGUUAAAAUUUAUUAAGAAAUAAAAGUUAUAUUAAAUUUAAAUUGUAAGCAGGCACCAGAAGUGUGCCAAAGCACAAAUGCUAAUAUUUUCUUUGAGAAGAAAACUCAUAGUUAACCUGGACAAAAUUAGAUUAAUUGAAUAUGCUUUUGCUAGAAGCCCAGAUUAAACAUGGAAAUAAUGCUGUAUAAGAUCUCUUCUUUCAAUUAUAGUUUAUUAGUUAUAGAUUAAGUGGUUUUUGCUUGCUUGUCUAAUGUUUCAAAUACAUCUUACUUCAAAAUCUAGUUUCUUUCCACAUCUUUUGCAGUAUAAAUGUCCUGGUCUCCGAUCACCUAGGAAAACGUGAAUACAAUAUGCAGCAAGAAUUUUCAGACAUGUUUGAUAAUUUAAAUUGCAAAACAACAUUGUAAAAAUAAUAGGAUAUAACCCAGGUAUGGAGGCUCACACGCGGAAUUUCAGUUCUCAGGAGGCUAAACACAGGACGAUCACCACAAUUUUAGGUCAUGCUGAGCUACAUAGCAAGUUCCAGUACAGCCUGAACUACAUAGUGAAACCUCAUCUCAAACAAAAACCAAACAAAAAAAUCUAUAUAUGGAAAAUAAUAAAUGGCAUCAAAUGAGAAACAAAUAGUCAAAAUCAAAAUGAUACUGAGCAGAGAUGGCUAAUGAUCUUUUAAAUUUGUUUCUGUUUUAGAUUAUAUAGCUUAAUUCACUAAACUGCACAAUUUAGCAACGCAGUGAAAGAAUGUUAUGGUGGUAUUAUGCAACAAUAGCACAGCGCUUAAUCAUUAAGUAAAUGGUGGGAGUAUUUUGUGUCUUAAAAUUCGCUAAUGAAGUGAAUAUGCAUCUUAAUUUUUGUUGAUUAAGUUUUUAUAAUAAUAUAAAAUAUUUCAGUGGAACUUUUCUUGUGUCCCAGAAGCCCUUACAAUAUUGAGGAUUCUAAAGCUAUUAAAGAUACCAUUCUGAUUCUACAAGCUCCAUGGAGCUUGUCGUUUUUUACUCACUGGUCCAUUACUUUGCCCUUUGCAGUGGAUUCUCAGUUUUGUUUUCUUUUAAGUUACAAACAUUCUCGCAGACAAAUUAGUUCCUGCUAAUUGAGAGCAGCAGUUGUCUGUCUUGUGAGUUUGAAACUAGAAUGAGAAGACAGUGGAUUUUCUGGCAAGAGUUAAGGAACAAGGGGUAAAAGUAUAAAAAGAAGAAAAGCAGGCAAUGUCAAGACGGUAUUCAUCCAUAGUUGUCCCAAGGGCAGUUGAGACUGCAUACCCAGGUCAGUCAGACAGUGGAGACUGGGUGAGAUGCACACCAGGCUAUCAGGUAUCUGAGAAAGCUCAAGCAACAACAUGGUGAGGCUUGUCGUGGAGAAACCCACAGUGGUUCCCAGAGAGAAGAAGGGGGAAAGGCUAGAGAUAAUGACCCUUAUAAGGAACUAAAACAUAGUAUCCAUGUCAGUAGAAGGGAGAAAAAUUUCACAGCCAAAUGCUUUCAAAUGGGUACACAGGAGCUAGACUAUGAAAAUAAAGUAUUAGUGAAUUAAAUAAGCUUUUAAAAGAUUUGCAAUUUGUAUUUGUGAAUAUUUGAGCACAUGCACAUCUUUCUCUUCUU